AUGAAUCCGUCCUAUAUAUUCAUUUUGAUGAUUGCCAUCCCAUUAAGUUUCUCUCAGUCAGAAACAGGGAAAGAAUGUGUGUGCGAUCUAAAAAAUGUAGAUCCUCCUUUUCCUAAAGAUGAACUUACAAAAGUAGAGACCACAGCUUUGAAAUGCAUAGGGAGCAUCACUUCAGAAAAGAUGACAGACUUAGACAGACUUGUGUUGGGUCUACAACAACGUAUCAAGCAACUAGAGGAGAAUGUGGUCAAGCUAGAAAAAGAAAACAGCAAUCUGUAUGCGGCUGUGUCUCUGCGCAUCAUUGAGUUAGAGUUUGCCGAAAUUCAGGACCUCCUCAACAAACUCAACAGGACCACCAGCGAUUACCAUCAUCUAGGUGUACAGGCUGCAGCUCAGCUUGAAGAUAUGAAGCACACAAUGGUGGAGUUGGAGAAGUUUGACAAAAUGCAAGUGAUUAAAAAGUAUCGAGAGAACCAAAUCAAUAAGACUUUGGAACAGUGCAAAGAUGAGCUCAAGGCUUCAUCACCACCUCCUACAGUUUCCCCAGGACGGUGUGGUCUGGGUCAAAUGGUAAAUGUGGUGGGACCUAGAACGUAUUCCAUCACGGUAUACAGCACCUCCUACCCUUAUGGUGCUUGGGGUCGAGAUGCAAAACCUGCUCCAGGAGACGAGAACAAGUACUGGCUGGUGAUGCUGACAAGUAGUAACGUAUAUGGCCACUAUGUCCGACAGUACAGCACCUUGAGUACUCUUUUAUUAGGUAUAGGACCAAAAGAUACAUACAUAUCAAACUCCAAUCCCACAACAAACACAAUUCAGGGGCCAAACAUGGUCAUGUACGCCAAUGCGCUCUACUAUAACUGUUACAAUUCAUACUCCGUCUGUCAGUUCAACAUGACGACUCGUGCUAUCAGUACUGUGGCUUUACCUAGUGAUACAGGUUGA